UAUAUAAAAGCCCGGCCCUGCGGCUAUUUUAGUUAAGUUAGUUCAGUUACUUUGAACAAUCAUGAAGGUCUUCGUAGUUCUCGCUGUGAUCCUGGCUUUGGCCACCGCUGCACCCCAGUUCGGAGGAGGCAAUGCCAACGCCAACGCUAAUGCCAACGCCCAGAGCGAAGGUGGAUUUGGAGGUCCAGGUGGAUUUGGAGGUCCAGGUGGAUUCGGAGGCCAAGGUGGAUUCGGAGGCCAAGGUGGAUUCGGAGGCCCAGGUGGCCGCCCUGGUGGUCCAGGUGGAUUCGGAGGCCCUGGUGGACCAGGUGGAUUCGGAGGUCCUGGUAAUCAAGGUGGAUUCGGAGGCCAAGGUGGAUUCGGAGGCCAAGGUGGAUUCGGAGGUCCUGGAGGAUUCGGAGGAGGAAAAUCCGAGGCAAAUGCUAACGCCGUCGCCAACGCUGAAGGAAACGGAUUUGGAGGUGGAAAUGCUAAUGCUAAUGCUAACGCCAACGCUAAUAGCCGGGGAGGUGAGGCUAACGCCAAUGCUAGCGCCACCGCCAAUGCAUUCGGAAAAUAAAUAACGAUAGUACGAAUUUUUCUUGCAAACUAGUUUUUUAAUAUUUAUAAAAAAUAAAAACAUGAAAAACUUAA